UGAGAACCAUAUGACCAAUAGGAAGAGAAAAACAGAUCGGCCAAAUUAUUUGCUUUUCUUCCUCAAACUACAGCGAAUGAAAAGUUCUCACUUUGAGGCCAGCAGGGAUUCACUCUAGUUGAGAGUUUGAGCAAGGAAGCAGAGCUACAGUCCAACAAUAGCAGAACAGCUCUACAUGUUAUACUGGUAUUUGUUGUGCACUGAAUAAUAACAAUACCAGCAAAGAUGGCCAGCCAGCUACAGAAGAUUGUAUCAGAGAAGAAGAACAUGGUAGAGACUGUAAUGGAAGUGUUUGAACAGGGAGCUGAGGUGGUGGCCAGUAUCGCAGGUGACUUCUUCCCUAUUUUCGCCAUCGCUGCUCCCAUCGUGAAAUUGGCCCUGGACAAUGUGGAGAGUAAGGAAGCUGUGUUCAUGAAGGAGCAGUUCCAGAAGGUUCGUGAACGCCUGGAGGUGAUUUCAGAGGAGAUGCAGCGGAUUAACGAGGAAAUCAAGAAGAGCGGCACGGACGCUGCCUACUUUUCUGUAGAGGAGAACAUAUCUAACCAGUUCCGCAAGUACAUGGACAUCCUCAAUGCCAAACCCAAGUUUCGUGAGGUCAAAAAGAAGCUUUUCAUGGAGCAUUUUGUCAAAACAGGUGGCGACAAAAACCUACAUACCCUCUACAGUGCCGUGACAGGAGACAACUUCUCUGGAGAGUCAGUGUUGGAGAUUACUCUUAACUAUGAGGAGAAAAGUCGACGCGCCAUGGAAGACUUCUGUGCCAGGUUGAAGAACCUCUUUUGCAUAGGCCUCAUCGCUCUGAUGGGUUACACCGCACUGAAGGACUGCGAUGACGAAGAGAAGCUUCUUCAAGACUGGGGUGAAAAGAUGAAGGAGGUACAGGUGAAAAUGAAUGCUGUCAUCGAGGACUGCAUCACCAGCUUCUCCAAGCAGGCUGAACUGGAUUCCCGGAGGUUGGUUAGGGACCAUUCUGACCUGAACAACCAGCAGCUGGCUGACGCCAUUUUGGAGAAGAUGAAAAAAAAGUAUGACUGGGUGUGCUGGUCUGUCCGUAUAUUCAGCUCCCCUUCGGGUUUGUUCUCGAACAAAAAAGACAUCCAGUGCCCCACAGGAAAAAAUCGCUUUCAGGUGCCAGCGACAGACGAGAAGCUGAACGUCAUGGUGUCCUACAGUGCCUCGCCCGAGCCUCUGAACAAGGCCCACAUCCAGCAGCUGAUCCAGAGUCAGAAGAAACUCACCGUAGUGGGUACAGCUGAGCUCCUGUUUAAGCAGUUGCCAGGUGCAUGUGCAGUCCACACGGUAAAGACUUGCAAAGACCUGGCUUGUGCCUGGAGCUUUGCCGAAGAGCUACACUACUGGGAGCAGCACAAGAACUUCUAUGUUUGCGUUCACUGCAAUUGACAUUUUCUCACUUAAAAAUGAAUUAAUAAUUAGCUAUAGAUACCAAGAUUAUAUUCAUUCCAAUUUGGUCUUUGCACUAAGACUGACAUUCCCAAGAACUUUCUCUCUUUCUCAGUUGAGUUCUGAUCCCCAGCUAUACUAAUGAGGAGGAACACAAGCUAACACUUAUUAUAAAGCAUGAUAGACUGUUUUACCUGUUAAUCUAUUCUUUGUAAUGUUUUUAUUUUAUGUAUCCCCCCUACUCUGUGUUGCCUCUGAUAAUGUAAAUUCAACUUUGGAUCUUGAUACAUAUUCUAAAUUGAUCAAAUCAUAGAUUUUUUAGGAAGUGUGUAAAUAUAAAAGCCUAAUGUUUGUAUUGUCUGUAAGAAAUCCCUCAACAUUUUGCAUAACUAGAACUGCAUUUUCCCUCUUUAUAUACAGUUGAAGUCAGAAGUUUACAUACACUUAGGUUGGAGUCAUUAAAACUCGUUUUUCAACCACUCCAC